CCACCCUUCGUCCCACCCGGCCCGGCCCGGCCCCGUCACCACCCUCACCAUGAGAGCAUCGAGAGAGGCCCAGCUUUGUAAAUCAUCAUCCCUGCAAACAACGUCUUAGCAGCACGCUCUCUCCACUCGCCCUCGCAGUCUCGCUUGUUUCUCUCUUAAUUUGUCGAAAUGGCAGCAGCGAUGGCCUCUAUGACUACCCCCGUCGUUGCCGGGCUUGGUGGCUCAGCUCUCCUCGCUAACAGGACUUCCUCUAAGGUCCAACUGACCUCGGCUUUCGUUCCCCGUGCCGUUCAAGUUAACAAGCCUCUCUGCGUUUCCCGCGUCACCUGCUUCAACAGGGAUUGGUUGAGGAAGGACCUCUCUGUCAUUGGCUUUGGCCUCAUUGGUUGGUUGGCACCGUCCAGCCUGCCAGUCAUCAAUGGCAACAGCUUGACAGGCCUCUUCUUGGGCAGCAUCGGACCCGAGCUGGCUCACUUCCCUACAGGCCCAGCCCUUACAUCGCCAUUCUGGUUGUGGAUGGUCACAUGGCACGUGGGUUUGUUCAUCGUGUUGACUCUUGGCCAGAUCGGGUUCAAAGGCCGCCAGGACGGCUACUGGAGCUAAGCCUACAGUGGUGCCCAGUUGAUAGAGAUGCAGACGCAGCGCAGUGGAAGUGGAUUAGAAUCGCUGUACCAUUAAAUACUGUAAACAAGGAAAUUCGUAGCGCAACUCAUGUCCAUUCGUUGUUUAUAAGAACAGUUGAAUGUUCUUGAUGUAUGUACUGUGCUGUGUUGGAAAUGUCACGACGCACACGACUGUCAAUCCACUAAUAAUCAUCAAAGAACACAUUUCCUUACGAAAUUCUCUGGCGACCUUAACUUUUUAAUGCAAAGUCCUUAGUUGCAAGA